GGUAGCCUGACCUACGGCGCUCUGGCGGGCUGUGCGGGAGCGGCGCCGGACGCUGGCGGCUCCCGCGGUGGGGAGGCGCAGCGGUGCAGCCGCGGACCCCCGUCUGCUGGCCGGCUCUGGGUAGCCCGCAGGGCCGGUGCCCGGAGCCGGGUCGGACGUUAGCCCGGUGGGACGUUGGCUCAGAACUCGGUCAGAUUCGGGCCUUGCCGCCUUCGCCACCGCGCCACCCAGGCUACGGUUGGCCUAUCUCACUUCCACUGUAUCCUUUAUCUGAAACGAAACUGAGUGUCAAGAGAACUAACUUCCUUCUAGAAUCAGAAACUUACUUUCCUUGUCUGAAGAAAAACAAGAAAAAGGAGAAAAUGUAGAGACAUUUUGCAAAGCUUGAGUUUACAUGAAGGGGAUAAUUGCCCUCGGUUUUUAUUUUUAGGUGGGUUAGGAAGGCGGUGGUGUGAUUGCUUGAAAGGGGUUGUUUUUGUUUGUUCGUUGUUGUUGUUGUUUUUUUUUUUAUCAGCUUCCUAUAAGUAAUCAGCAUGCUUUUAGCCCAUCAAAUCUAAAGUCUCGGAACUCGUUUGAUACUGAGCUUCAGAGGAAUGAGCUGUUAGCUAAUGUAACGAAACCAGCUUCUAUAACCCGUUUUCUGGGCUUCCUGGAUUCCAGGAGCACAUGUCCCCACCAUGCUUUCCUGUGACAUCUGUGGUGAGACGGUACCCUCAGAACUAGAUAUGAAGGCUCACCUGACUGUUCACAUGGAAGAUGAAGUUACGUGUCCGUUUUGCAAGUUGUCAGGUGUAAAUUAUGAUGAAAUGUGUUUUCAUAUUGAAACUGCUCAUUUUGAGCAGAAUACACCAGAAAGAAACUUUGGGAAACUAAAUGCAAUACAGUAUGAAAGUCCAGACAGCCAGAAUACCACCCUACAGAGGACAAAGGAAGUUCAUGCAAGUAUUCAUUCAGCUUGUGCAUCUAAUUUUACAAAAAAUUCAGCCCAAAGCGUUCCUAAAGAUGGGACUUUAAAACAUGAAGCUUUUCAUACAGAGAGGAUAACUGAAUCUAGACAGUACCUGAGAAGCCCAGAAAAGCAGUCUGGAUUGUCUCCAGUACCAGGAUCAAUUUACGAGACAACUUACAGUCCUCCUGACUGUCCCUUUUGUGGAAAAAUAGAGGGGAGUAGUCAAGAUAUGGAGACGCACGUGAAAACAAAACAUGCCAGUCUUUUAGAAACUCCAUUAGAAGACUGUCAUCAACCACUCUAUGACUGUCCCAUGUGCGGGCUCGUCUGUACAAAUUACCAUAUUCUCCAGGAACAUGUGGAUUUGCAUUUAGAAGAAAGCAGCUUUCAAGAAGGUAUGGACAGAGUCCAGUGUUCUGGUGAUCGAGAAUUAGCUCACCAGCUUCAACAAGAAGAAGACAGGAAGAGGAAAUCCGAAGAAUCAAGACAAGAAAGGGAAGAGUUCCAGAAGUUGCAGCGGCAGUAUGGUUUAGAUAAUUCUGGUGGAUACAGACAACAGCAGCUACGGCACAUGGAGAUAGAAGUAAACAGGGGAAGAAUGCAUCCCUCUGAAUUUCACAGCAGAAAAGCGGAUUUGAUGGAAUCAAUAGCUAUUGGUAUUGAUGAUGGAAAAACGAAAACUUCUGGAAUUAUUGAAGCCCUCCAUAGAUAUUAUCAGAACACUGCCACAGAUGUGAGGUGUGUGUGGCUCUCUACAGUGGUGGACCACUUUCAUUCAUCCUUUGGGGACAAAGGUUGGGGUUGUGGUUAUAGAAAUUUCCAGAUGCUACUUUCAUCAUUACUACAAAACGAUGUGUAUGGUGACUGCUUGAAAGGUAUGUCCAUUCCUUGUAUUCCAAAAAUUCAGUCCAUGAUUGAAGAUGCAUGGAAGGAAGGUUUUGAUCCUCAGGGAGCCUGUCAACUUAAUAACAAAUUACAGGGAACAAAGGCCUGGAUUGGAGCAUGUGAGAUUUAUACACUUCUGACCUCACUGAGAGUAAAGUGCCGCAUUAUUGAUUUUCACAAGUCAACUGGUCCAUCGGGUACACACCCUCGCUUAUUUGAGUGGAUAUUGAACUAUUAUUCUUCAGCUAGAGAAGGGAAUCCAAAGGUUGUGUGUACAUCUAAACCUCCUGUCUAUCUCCAGCACCAGGGUCAUAGUCGAACAAUUGUUGGCAUUGAAGAGAAGAAAAACCGGACAUUAUGUUUACUAAUAUUUGAUCCUGGAUGUUCUUCCCGAGAAAUGCAGAGAUUGUUAAAGCAAGACAUAGAGCCUGGUAGUCUCAGGCAGCUGCGGAAAUCUGUGGGGAAUCUUAAACAUAAGCAGUACCAGAUAGUAGCAGUAGAGGGCGUUCUUUCACCAGAGGAGAAAGUUGCCAGGAAACAGGCUUCUCAAGUGUUUACAGCGGAGAAGAUUCCUUGAAUGAAAUAUUUCCGUGAUUUUGUACUUAUCCUUUUUACUGAUAUUGAACUCUAAUACAGUUGAAGAAUUUGAUUUCACUGAAGUCCUUGGUAUAACAUUUAAGUUAUAAAUGCCUGUUAAGUUAUACUUCUUAUUAAUUCAUUGUCUGUAAUUAGUUGAAUAAAAUACCUUGUUUGCAUUGUUGAUUUUGAUUUCUUGUCCAUGUUUCACAAACUUUUUUUAUAGUUCACAAGCUAAUGGAUUGGGCCAUAACUUGUAUGAGUUACUUAGUACUUAACAUCUAUUAAUACAUUUAAUUUUAAAACAAUUGUUUAAGGCAAGCACUAUUAUUAACUCCAUGAACCCAGAUGCCUGAUAAAUUAGCGAUUAGCCCAGGAAUAUUACAAGAUGAAUCCCACAGCCAGCUCACUGUAUUUUCCACUGUUGUGUCAAUCAGGCUUUUAUUGCGGUGACAAACACUCAAUCCAAUUCAAGGAGGAUUUCUUUUGCUUCAAUAUUUGAGUGUUGGUGGGCUUACUCUGUGGUGAGACAACACCAUGGCUGUAGUCUGCUGUGGUGCUAUAGCAGAUCCACUGACUCACUGGCCGAAAAGCAGAGGUGAGGCAGGAAGAGGCCAGGAACAAGCUAUACUCAAUGUGAUAUAGAUCUCCAAUAGGGAUAUCAGAUAAUCCACCAAAUAACUGAUUCACUGACAAGAACUUCUGGUCCAAUAAACUCAAUAACUGGAUCUACCAAUGAGUCCAAACUAUGAGCACAAGUGAGGUGCUUUUGGGGAUGGUGAUGUUUUUGGGGGGGGCAGAGCUUCUGUUAUCACAAAAUGAGUACCUCCUUAAUGUGUAGUGAUCACCUUAAUGUGUAACAAGCUUGAAAACCAAGGAUUCUCUUGUUAAAUAUUUCCACUAACCCUCCAUCUCUCCUGAAAGCCUUUGUGGCCUGGCCUGUAGGAGAAAUAAUAGAUUCUGGUCAGACAACUCUUGUAUGUGUGUACAUGAGAAUCCUCUUAUUCUGCUCAAUAAACAAAAGACUUAUUGAAAGACUUAGAAAUUCAUAGAAACUGUGAGUAACUUAGAAAAAUGUCUUAGAACCAAAUCAGUUAUAGGCUAUAGUUUGGUGUCAAUUUUUAAAGCAGGAACAAUCAAGUUAUAAUUGUAGGAUACUCAAAUUUCAGAUUACAAAUAGAGCACAUUUGUUUGGCAUAGAACAGAAGUUCCCAAAGGGAAUGGAUACUGAGCAAUUUAAAAAGUGUUCAUUUAAAAAGCAAAACAAAAACCUGUGUGAAGUUUUUUAACAUGAAUUUCAGUCAUCCAGUCUCCCAAUGAGUCUUCCUGUCUUAAUUUGUUUCAACAUUGAAGCCAAAUGCUCUAACCUUUGCAUGUGUUUGUGUGACCUAGUUUAAUACUCUUUUUUGCUGGUUUGUAAAAUUUAGCCUGUAGAAAUGCCAGUGAAGUUCUUAAUAAAUGUAUAUUGUUGACAAGGUCGUGGUCAUAUCCAGGGUCAAUGCCUCAGCCUCAUUGGAAUGACAAAAACCUUCCCUUGGUGAAGCUCAAAGGGGCAUCAAAGCCUUUCCUAGGGUCUGAGUGUGAAUACUGGCAGUGAGUGCAGAACAUAUCCCCUGUAGCUUUCUCACUGCCCCUCUCUAACACCUGAUGUUUAUGGUAUGAAGACUAAUACCCCACAGAGACUUCUAUGUCUACUAAGAUUAGUCAAACCUGCCUUCUUGUUCAGCUGUAUAUAAUAAUCCUGCCUCCUGCUCUGGCUGUAUGUAUGCAAAAAUUCUGGCUCCCUGUUCAAGUGUGUACAAUAAAGCCACUGAGAUUCAGGGUUGCUGAGGUUUCUUCAUCAGAGAGCCCAGUUUUCCUGAUUCCAGUUUUUUUGUGUGUCUGCGUGUUUUUCUUUUCUGUUUCCUCACCUCUGUCAUAUCAAUUCCUAAAGCCCUGGCACCAGCCUUCCAUACUAUCCAGCCUCUGCUUGCUUCUGCAGGAUCAACAAUCACUUCCCCACCCUGCCCUGACAAGUACCUUUCAGUGGAAGUUGCAUUUACCCUAAAAUCCUUUCCCUGCUGCUGGGCACCCUUCUGGUGUAGGAAGUCCUUCUGUGUAUGUGCUGCUUUUAUUGGUCAAUGAAUAAAGAAUCUGUUUUGUGGGUUGGAGAGAUGGCUCAGAGGUUAAGAGCACAGGCUGCUCCUCCAGAGGUCCUCAGUUCAAUUCCCAGCCACCACAUGGUGGCUCACAACCAUCUGUAAUGAGAUCUGGCACUCUUCUCUGGCAUGUGAGCAUACGUGGAGGCAUAAUAAAUAAAUUUUAAAAAAUAAUUUAAGAAAAGAAUCUGUUUUGGUGCUGUGAUAGGGCAGAACAGCUAGCAGGGAAAAGUAAACUGAAUUCUGGGAGAAAGAUGGCAGAGUCAGGUAGAUACCAUGAAGCCCCAGAACCUUGCCAGUAAGCCACAGCCAUGUGGUGAUACUUUAAAGAUAUCUUGUCUUCAAAAUUUGCGUCUAAGAAUAUGUUGCUUUGGAAAAAGUUCUUUUGUUUCCACAGAGAAUGAGAGCCUUUGGAAUCCUUACCAGCUAAUGUGUGAACCAAGAUCCCCUGAAAGUUUGCCUUGAACACCCCCAAAUACUUUGUCCAAAAAACAGCAGGAAGCAGUUUGGUGAGACCUAUACCUCAGUUCCCAAAUAUUGUUUAUAAAUGUUUGUUUACAUUUAAAGUGUAUUGUCGGGUUUCUUUUCUGCCCAGUUUCCAUGGUUGUUAAGUCCCAAAGAAAUCACCCAGAGGUCUACAUUAGUUAUAAACUGAUUGGCCUAUUAGCUCAGGCUUCUUACUAACUUUUAUAACUUAUAUUAGCCCAUUAUUCUUGUCUAUAUUAGCCAUGUGGCUUGUUACCUUUUUAGCAGGGCAGUCACAUCUUGCUUCUUCU